AUGCAUCGUUCAAUCGGAUCGAUCAGAUUGUUGGCCAGAACAAGGAAGAUUGCAGAAUGCAAUUUGUACAGGUGAGAAGACUGAUUAUUUUUAGCGGGAAAUUUGAAAAUUUUGUUGGGUUUUUACCCAGAAAUCGAUUUUUCACUAAAUUUCAAUUCAUACUUGAUAGAACAGGUUAUUUUAAGUCAAUUUUGUUAUGAAAAACAAAGUUACACAAAAAUCAAGGCCCUGGGCCAUAAUCUCGUUGAAAUCUCUAAUUUUCUGCUGAAAAUUUCAAUUAUUUUUGCAAGGGGCUUGUGUGGUUUCAAAUCGAAGCUCGUGAAAAGCUUUGCUCAAAAAAUGUGCUUCCAGAACGUGUCCAACUCGAAGUUGUUCAACAUCAGGUGGAAAUAAUGGUGGAGAUGACAACAAUGGAAAUAAUGGCGGAGAUCUUCCCACAAAUCCGCCACCAAAUAAAACAAUCCAAUCAUUCGGCAAUUGUAAACAUUGCUCAAAACCCCUAAAACCUUUGCCAACUCUUCAACCCUCAAAUCGAUAUAUACACUGCGAUAAUUGCAAUAAAUUGUAUUUUGCCAAUUUUAUGGAGGAAUCAACGAAGAAUUUGGGAGGAGGAAUGGGAGGGAAAAAUGCGGUGCGAAAGAGUCCGCCUUAUCCAACACAGGUCAGCAUUUUUGGCAGGGGUUUGAGCGGGAAAUUCGAAUUUUGGGAAAAAUUUCAAAAAUUUUGCUUUGAAAAUCCCUCAUUUUCAGCUUCAAAAAUUCCUGAUUUUUCCGAAUUGUUGAACCCAAAAUUCCCAAGAAAAAAUUUUCAAACCAAAAAAUUCACUGUUUCAAAUUUUGAAUAUGAUAAAAUUUUGAUUUUCACAUUGAUUUCAUGAAUAUGGUUUAUUCACAAAAUUUCUAGUUAAGUUCAAAAUUUCUAGGAAAUGUAGAAUUUUCAGCUCCAAAAAAGUUCAACAUUUUUUUAGUGUACAAAAAUUCCCCAAAAAUAUUUUCAGAAUUUUACUGUUUUAAAAAUAAGAUGUCAAAACAUUCCAAGAUGUCAAAACAGAUCUUCUGAACCCAGUCAAAAAGUUAUCCAAAAAAUUGUUUAAAAAAUGUAACGAAGAAUUUUUCAGAAAAAAAUGUAUCUUACAAAAACCCUCGCUUUGAGCCCAGAAUUUUUAGAGCAAAAAAUUAUUAAAAUAUCACAUUUUCGCUCCUAAAACCUUCCAAAUUUCUUGCAGAUCGCCGAAUAUCUCGACAAAUUCGUCGUCGGUCAAAAAAAGGCGAAGAAAACCCUUGCAGUUGGUGUUUAUCAACAUUAUCGUCGUCUGGAGCACAAUAUCGAAUCUGGAGCAUCUUCAAUUUAUCAGCAAAAUUCUCCCGCUUCCAAAACCGCUGCUCAAAAUCCCGACGAUAAAAUGCCACGUGGUGUUUUGUAUCAAGACGAAAUGCGAUUGGGACAAAUUGCCAGUCAUGAACUUCGAAGUUCUCUUAUGCAUCAACAGAAUAUGGGAGCACCAAAUUCGAAUCAAGCAUCUCAAAAUACUGCGCAGAAACGAGCCCCGCCCACUUUUAGAGCUUUGCCUGAAAAAGAACAAAGUGUACGAUUGGAGAAGUCGAAUAUUUUGCUGGUUGGACCAUCGGGAGUUGGAAAAACAUUUUUGACACAAACAUUGGCGAGGUAUGGAUUAAGAGAGGGAAAUUUGGAAAUUUUGAUCUAAAAUUGAUUUUUCAAUUGAAAAUUUUUCUGGAAAAAGUUAGAUUAAUUUGCAGUCAAAAAAGCUUUGGUCUGAAUCGCUCCCCAAUUUAGCCAUAUUAAAAGUUUCUUUCCAAAAUCCUUCUCCACCCUAUCUAAUUUCUUUUUUUCCAGAGUUCUCGAUGUUCCAAUCGCACUUUGUGAUUGUACAUCAAUGACACAAGCUGGAUAUGUCGGAGAAGAUGUCGAAUCUGUAAUUCAAAAACUUGUUCAAGCCGCCGGUGGAAAUAUCGAAAAAGCUCAACAAGGAAUUGUAUUUUUAGAUGAAGUCGACAAAAUUGCGGCUGCAAAUGAGGGACAUAGUGCUGCAUAUCGAGAUGUUAGUGGAGAAGGUGUACAACACGCACUUUUGAAAUUGGUUGAGGGAACAAUGGUGAAUGUAAAGAGUGGAAGGAAAGGAAUGGGAUCACAACAGGAUACUGUGCAGGUGAGUCAAUGUUGAAAAUUUGAAAAAAAAAAUGAUCUAGAAAUCAUGAAAAUCUGAAAUUAUGAUCCUAGAUUCAACAAAAUUCGAUAUAUUUUUUUAAAGAACUGAAUUUUGUCUAGAAAAUAUAAAAAAUGGAAUUCAACAAAAACAAAAUGUUUUUAGAUAUUCAUGUUUUGAAACGUAGAAAAUUCUGGAAAAUCUUUCGAAAAUUUUAUCAAAACCCCAUAAUAAAAACAUGAAAACUAAAGAAAAAUCUUUCAAAUUUUUUGUUUUGUAUCGAAAAUUCUACCAAAACUUCAAGAAGAAAAAUUCAAUUUUUCAAUGAAAAUUCUUUAUAAUUUCUAAUGUUCUUCUAGAUCGACACAUCUGACAUUCUUUUUGUUGCAUCUGGCGCCUUCAGUAACUUGGAUAAAAUCGUCGGUCGUCGACUUGACAAAAAAGCGCUUGGCUUCGGCUCAAAUUCAGGACAAGUCAGAAUAUCGCAAGAUGAUUCGAAUGCCGAAAUAAUGCGAAAAAGAGACGAAUUAUUGGGAAAAGCAGAUCAAGGCGAUUUGAUAUCAUUUGGAAUGGUUCCUGAAUUAGUUGGACGAUUUCCAGUAUUAGUUCCUUUUCAUUCUUUUGAUAAACAAAUGUUGGUUCGAGUUAUGACAGAACCACAAAAUUCACUUUUGGCACAAUUGAAAUUGCAAUUUUCGAUCGAUAAUGUUGAUUUGUCAUUUAGUGCAGAAGCUUUGGAACAAGUUGCACAAUUGGCUUUGGAAAGAAAAACUGGAGCAAGAGCAUUGAGAUCGAUUUUAGAAUCGACAUUGUUGGAUGCAAAAUAUACUGUGCCUGGAAGUGAUAUUGAUUCUGUUCAUGUUUCGAGGUAUGUUAAAGAUGACAAAAAUCAAUAAUUCUUACCAAGAAUUUCUCGAGAGCUUCAAAAGCAGCCUAAACUUGAUGUCUGAAAUUCUACACUGAAAUUCAAAAGCUCUAUGAGAAGUUGGCCCAAGUUUCAGGCUGGAAUUUUAGCUCAGAACCGAAAUUUUCAAAAAUCUAAUUUGUGCGCAUUUUGAAGCCCAGAUAAUUCUUUACAAAAUGAGACUAAGCUUGAUUUUUCAGAUUUUCGCUGAAAAUUACAAAAAAUUCCAAAUUUGCCACGUCAUAACUCAAAAUUUCCCAUUUUUUGCAGAGAAGCAGUUUUGGGCGAUAAAGAAGUCGAAUACACGCGACGAAAAUCGAACAAUGAAAACGAAGAGGAUUUGGUGGAAAUGAGUUUUGGCAAAAAAUCGGCGGUCGCCUAA